CCGAGAAACUUUUUAUUCACAUCCAGGCCGGAUAAGCAGUUGUUUACAGGAUUUGGGCCAUAAGGUGUUUGUGUUCGAUAAACGGAUGUUUUCGCUCUAUACACAACCGCAGAUGGAUGUUAAGUUGUUUAAAACUUCAUUGUCGUUCGUGUAGUUACUGGGACGCACUUGGGGAACAACAAAAUUUUCUCGAGGGAGUACGCCGUCUGUUUUCUUUGCCACGCGCAAAGGACUACAACCGAGAGCUUGCCUUUGAAAAUUUUUCCCAGUUCAGCUGAUGAAACAUGUCCCAACAGAUUGGAGUGUCUGUGCCAGACUCUGAGACACUGAGCUCUGAUAAGUCCAAACGUUUUACGGUAGGUUUAAUUUCCUAAUAUUUUUUUCUUGCUAGCUCCCUUUCAUUUGUCGCUCUUGACGAGUUUGUUUUUUACGGGAAUUCGAUCUGUCAGCUUACAGCCAAAAAGCACGAUAAUCCUGUUGUGUUCAAACUAUUUUCAAUUAAGGAUGGAAUCGUUAAUGGUUAUGUCAGUACAAAAUUUUCGUCGGCCUCACGUUUUUCCCAACUGUUUCAAGUUUAGCCUCCAAUAAAAGAAGCUAACUACUUUUGAUCUACUCAACAACAUGUUGGGCGUACUUCAAUUAAGUUCUCGAACGCAUAUAUAACACGGCAUAAUGACAAAGAAAAUUCCGAUCAGGAUGAGAUCCAUGAGAAAAAUGAUGAGACUUGAUGGUUAUUUUGUUCACUGAUAUGUCUGAAUUAGUUAAAUUAUGGUUCAUUAUCACUUGGCGAGGUUGAAACAGUCGAAAACCAGUGUGUUCUUAUAUGAAGUAUGUUCCGUUUUCAAUUUUAUCUUUGUUCCUGUUUCACUUUUCCUCUUACAGACGAUGGUCUUGGCAUUAAACCAAGUCUACUUUUCAGACAGAUGGAAAAUUUUAGUGAUCACAAGUUGUGAAGGGAGAGGGACAGGGAUGUUUUGUGUCAAAAUGUAGUGGAAAGUUGAAGGGGUUAUUAACAUCACUUUGGUGGGUGUGGGAGGGGGCUUGAAGGCAGCAAUCGUGGUGGAGGUUAAACCUUUGGACAAAGCUCUCUUCUUUCUGUACAAUUGAAAAAGACUUGAAAUAAUUCCUUAAACAUCAAAUGACAGGUCCAAGCAGAUAUAUUCCCGAAAUAUGCCCUUUCAGCUAAUGCUUGUCGCUCUAGAACACCACUCAACUUGUUUCAAAUUGUGUACAAAUAUUGAUAUUUUACUGAAUAUAAUGAAGGGAUUUUAUUCCAGCAGUAGAUAGCAAUAUGUUGUUCAAUGCAAUGUUUUUUUUUCGAAACAUAUCCUUCUAUCUUCUAAGGUGUAUAAAGUGUUAGUGAAGCUUCCUGAUGGACGAAGCUAUUUCAUCUUCAGAAGAUAUAAUGAGUUUUACAACUUAUAUGAAAAGGUGACAUAUGUUAUAGUCUUUUACAGGAGUAGUGUAGGAAUCCUGGAGAAAUUUGAGUGGCAAGGGAUGUGGUGUUCUUCAAAAUUAGCCUUGCUCAUCACAAAUUAUAUGAAGUCAAAGGCAAUUUAGCCUAACUUACACAUGAGAGAAUUAUGGGCAGCUGUGCUCAUUUCAAGUAAUUUAUUAGGAAGUGUAAACCUGCUUGAAGGUGGUGUUAGAUCUUUGGAGUUAUGGAUACAGUAGACCUCCAUGGGCCAAUUUUUUUUAAUGUCAAACUAAGCAUUAUAAUUAAAUUGACUAAGUAAUAAUUUGAUAAAAUAUUGGAACUUGUGCAAGUUAUUUACAAAACCAUAUUUUUAAAUUGAAUUCUUUGGCCUGUCAAUGUGUGAAUAGGCAACAUAAAUGACUGAAGGAUUUUUGAUGUGAAACAUCCUGAUCCUUACACUCCAAUUGUGUUAACAUAUCCUGAUUUGGGUUACAUGUGUAGAUCUUUUCCAUCUGUCUGUGUUUAAAACUAGCUGGUGAAUUGAGAAAGAUAAAAAGAAGAAGAAUCCAGAGGUGAAAGUUAAAAAGAAGCUUGGCUGUCGGCAUAAAAAAUAAAGGAAUUCAGUACAGAAUGGCAUAGGAAUCUUACCAUAAUGGAUAGAGGCUUGUGGUUUAGGCAAAAUUCAUUGUUGCACUUGAUCAGCAACCAUUAAGUUUUUUCUACUUUGAAUUGUCAUGCCCCAUUCAGUUUACAGUUAGUUUAGAUUUUUGGCAAAUAGUGCAUUUCAUAACCUUUUCAUUGAUAUAUAGUUUUUAGUGGUUAUGCUUCAAACUGUGUGUCAAUAGUCUUUUUGGGGAUGGAUACCUGCACUGGUCUACUGUAUCCUUAGCUGAUUACAUAAUCUAUCUUUUAACCCUCACAACAUUAGCCUUCCACACAGUUGUUUUCAUGUGGGUCAUACUUCCACCCACCUCAUUAAGGAGGAAUUAAAUGCACAAUUGCCACACCACCCAACAAUUACUGUUUUCAAAGUCAGUAUCAGUAAUAGAAUGCUAUCACUAUUGUACAUGUCAGGUUGUGUGCAUUUAUUUGAUAAUUGUUCCUUUUGAAUUAUAUGAAAGCUCACAAACCUUGGUUUUUUUGUUUAAGCUAAAUGUGUUUAUUUUUCUUAAUUUCAGAUAAAGAAAGUUUUCCCUGACCUAAACAUUAAGUUACCUGGAAAACGAAGGCUAGGAAAUAACUUUGAUCCAGGUGAGUAAUGAUGGAUAAGGUGUAAUCCAUGGAACAAAGCAGGUGAAAAGGUGAUGGAAAAUUAUGGUCAAUUAGAAUAUGUUCCAACCUUAGAUAGAAUGGUAAAUUUUGGAAAUAACUUCAAAAUAAUGGUGGCUUUCACUCGGAAUUAAAAGAAAUAAAGUUUCACCCUAUCAUAAACAGUAAUGUGUGUCAUGCAGGUUCAUGCUGUUUUAAAGUGAGUUCAUAAGGUUUAUGAUUCACUGUCUAUUAGAGACCUAAUAUAUCAUGCAUUAACCUUUGCAUCAUGGGGUUAAGUUUGAGCCCUAUGUACUAUCAUGAUGUUGUGUUCCUAAGCAAGACACCUUUAGCCCCUCUCUGGUAUAAAUUGGUACCAAUUAAAUUUUGGAUGAACAUCCUUCUCAGGAGGAGUAGCAACACUCUUGUUUGCUUUGCUAUGUAAACUGAAAUAAGGUCCACUGUUAUGAGUCUCUUGGCUUUUGUGACAAUUUUUCAGGGGGUUAUCUGAAGUCUGUCGCAUCUUUAUCCACAUCAUCAUGUUACCUAGGACUUCUCAGGAAAAUGACUUUAUGGAGUCUGUGGAACUGCGAAUAGCUUUGUGAAUAUUCCAACCUUUGUGGCUCUAUGAUAAAUAGAACUCACUACACUUAUAAUAGUAUCAUGGUGACACAAAAAGUCCUCUGGAACAAGGCAUAAUUUUUGGGUGAAAAACCUUUUAAAUAAUGAGCAAUGUAAGCUAAGGCAAAUGAGAAACAGGCCUCGAGGGCUGAAAAUCACAGGAAUUAGACUGUAUCAUUUAUAUUUAUUAUUUUGGUUGCUGUUCUUGCAUGCAGAUGAACUUGGCUCAUGAAUUGCUAAGGCUUUGUAGAACUGUAUGAUUGUACAAUUUGUGAGACUGAAAAAAAAUCAGGGUUGAAUCACAGAUGAACCAAAGCUGUGUAUCAGUCAGUUUUUUUUUAAGAAUAUAUUCUGAAGUGACCAAUCAGUUACUGAAAUGUUUUGUUUCAUGUUUCUCUUUGUCAGAGUUCAUAAGAAUGAGAAGAGAGGGGCUUAAUGAGUUUACAACCAAGAUAAUUAGCCAUCCCAGUGCCAUUGAGCAGUAAGUUCAGACUCUUGCUCCUUUUACUUUUUGUUAUAAAUAUUAUUGUUGGUAAAUAGGGAGUAAGUAAUUUUAAUUUAAGAAAACUUUUGAAUUUUUGAUAAUUGAUUGUAAUGACUUACAGCUGCAUGCUAGCAAGCUCCAAAUAGACUUGUACCAACAUUCCAUGUUUCUGGUGGUGAUUUCAGAUUCUGCACAUUCAUACAAAUUUACAGUACAAACCUCUGACACCAAUUUAAAUUGCUUCAACCAUUAAUUGCUUAUUUCUCUCUAGUCCUGACAUUCGUCUGUUUUUAUCACUGGAUAAUCCAAAAAAUGCCCAAGUUAACAAUGACAAUGAGCAGUUUGGAGCUGAUGAAGAUGACUCACUGGUAUAGUGAACUUUCUUAAUGGAAAAGUAAUUUUAUUGUGAUACAUUAGAAUUAUUGUUAUGGAAAAUACUUUUUCCCAUCAUGGUUUUUAUAAGUAAAUGAAAGUUUAGACCUCAUAAGUGUCAUAAUUUAUAUAAUCACCUAUCUACUCUGAAAUUAUUUUGCAAAGUUAGUGAAAAUGCUUUCAUCUGGUACAAAAAGAAAAACAAAUGACCAGUUUUUUUUUUCAUUUCAAAAUUAUAAAUUGAAGUACUCAUUGCCUUUUGUCCUUUUUGUUCCCAUUCCUUUUUUUCCCUUGAUCAGAAUGAUAUAACAAUAUUUUUAGUUGUCUCAUUAGAUGUGUUUGAAGUUUUUUAGAGUAGAAGUUAAAAGUAAGUUAAAUCAAAGGAUAGCUUAGGGGUGGAAAACUUAAUAACAAUUAGACACUCAUGACCAUAUUGUUUAAGUACUACAAACCAUAACUUGAAUCCUGUACUUUUUUUUAAAUAACACUUUUCCUUGAGCUGCAAAUGCAUUUAUUACUGGAAGCCAAAUCUUCACCCAUUUAAGUGCCUAUAGAUAAUUAUAACAAGAUGAUGCCAGCCCAAUUCCUCCUGUUGGAGAUUUGGAGUUCAGUUGAAUGACUAAACUUUAUCUGAUAGAUUAGUCUUACCUUUCCAGUAGCUAUCAGUAGAACAUUCAAGGCUUAUUUAUUUACACAUGAAAGUUAGGUUGCAAAUAUGAAAUGAUUAUUGAUGUCAAAUGUAAUUGUUUUUGGAAUAAAGGCUAAGGAUCUCAACAGAAUUGAUCUUGGGGACUCGUAUAAUCAAAAGUAAGUAGGACUUUUGCAUUCUUCAAAGUUCUUUGAAGAUCUGACUUCUGCAGAAAUAUCUUGUCGAAUAUUUAAAUUGUAACCUGCUAAAAAGGAUAUAAAAUUGACCAAUGCACCCAAGAAAUGCAAUUUUUUUCAUCAUUUGUUUUUAACAGGGCAAAGCCAAGUGACUUCCUGUUUCUUAAGGUUAUUGGAAAAGGGAGUUUUGGAAAGGUUAGUUAGUCUUCUCUUGGUUCUAGUUAUUCUUACUGACCUCAUUUUAAGUAAUUUAAACUCUGGGGUUUUAAAGCUUUCUCUGUAAGGGACUUAAUCAAGCAAGUCAAUAGCUCAGGGGAAGACUCUUGUUUCAAGACCCUUUGCCCACUCGUAACUUGCUUUUGUGAGAGCCAACAUGAAACCUGAUCACAGGAGCUUGCUCAUAGGCAAAACAGAUGGUGGUUAGAGAGGUAUCACAAGUGGAAGUAAACCAACAGCUUUUGUCAGGGAUUUUAACCCAAAGCUUUUUGGUUGACAAAACUCAAAAAUAUUUUUAUCUAAAAGCUUUUUUUGUUGUAAAACUCUUGAAAAACUCAAUCAAAUGAGUGUACCUGUAGUCAAAGGUUUGAUAUUCCUAAUUUAAGUUUUGUUAUUUUAUUUCAGGUUUUCCUUGCCAAAAAUAAACAAGAAGAUGAAUUCUAUGCCAUUAAGGUUUUAAACAAAGCUGCCAUUAGAAAAAGAAAUGAGGUUUGUGAAUGCUUUAUUUUGAAAUGGUAAAGGGUGGAAUUAAAUAGAAAUUGGUCAUUUUAAGCAAACAAUCCAGAAAUAAAUCGUCAGCUUAUGGGUUGAUUCUGAUCUGAUAUAUGUCACUCUUGCACUGUAUGCAAACUGUUCAUUUUAGAUGAAGCUGGCUUUUGUCAUCUCCACAGUACCCAAUCAGCCAUCACUUACUGAUUAAUUUUUUGCUUAGAAUGUUCUUUUUUUUGGUUAAUCCCAUAACUCCCAAGAUCUGAUUGUUAAUUCUCCCCUCUUGCUGCUAUACAUUUCCAAGGUACAAGAAUUUAGUGUUAGAUCUUCUACUUGAUAAGUUUGGGUAUUCUCCUUACCUAUUUUCAAGAUAGUGUUUGAAUAUUAUAGGGAGAAGUUACAUAUUAAUUACCUCUGAGAAGGGUUAAACUAGUUAAAUAUAAAAAAAUCAAAUUAUUUUUGUUUCAUUAUAUCUCAAGCGCUCAAUAGUUUGGAGAUUGCUUGACUCUGCAACAUGCCAUGGGUAGUGUGCAAAUGAGAUAGCUGCUGAGCAUUUUAUGGUAGAAAUUUUAAUUUACAGAAAAUGGAAAACAACACUGAUAAUUAUAAGGCCUAUAUGCUUCUUUGGAACUUAAACUGACAGAAGCUUUUGCUUCUUGUUGUAUAAAAACCAAUACAUCAUUCAUUUCUGUUUUUACUUAAUAUAGUAUUUUUAACCUUUUUAGGCAAAGCAUAUCAUGGCAGAAAGGAAUGUUUUGUUGAUGAAUGUUAAGCAUCCUUUCUUAGUGGUAAGUAACCCUUCAUCUGAUGUGAAAGGUGAUAUUAUAUAAAUUGGAGUUUCAAAGGGUUUUGUCUUGUUUACACCCAACCAACUAGGUUUAUUUUUGCCUCAGAUGAGUAGAGGCUCUCUAACUCAGGAGGUGUACUCCAAACCUGCCAGUUCCUGUUGCAGUGUUUCAGUCAUUAUACAUCACACAUAACCAAAACGUUUAAAAUUUACCUUAAAAGAGUAAUAACUUGACUAUCUUUUUGAUAAACAUUUCAGGGAUUGCAUUACUCCUUUCAAACACGUGAUAAACUCUACUUUGUUUUGGAUUAUGUAAAUGGAGGGGAGGUAAGAUAUAAGAUCUUUUUACUUUCUUCUAUAAUUUUAUCUCGACACCAAGCUGUAUCUUAAACUGAUUCUUCAUAUUUUCAGUUAUUCUUUCACUUGCAAAAGGAAAGGUAUUUUCCAGAAGCAAGGUCAGUACUCAGAUGUCUUAUGUAAAUGUAGUUGUUAUGGAGAGGUGGUUAGCCUUAAGAUUAAUGUUGAACAUCUUAUGCCUUGUACUUCAAGUGUUAGUAUUGUCCAGUGUUGCCCAAAUUAAAUUUAGAUUUCUCAGUCAAGUAGAAAGAGUUUGGCUGAGGAGGAAUGGAGGGAGAAUUCUUAUGACAAAUGCAAUCCUCUUUGUCAAAGAAAGUGAUAACUAAAAGUAUGAUGUUGUAUGUUUUGUUAUGGACAUGUAAAAGAAUAUCCAUAAGGACUCAGGUAUUUUGGUUUGUCAUUGUCCUGCCUUCCAGCAGCUAUGGAUAACCAAGCUAAACAUUCAUACUCUGGGCUGAUGCAAAGAACUUAUACACAACAGGGACACACAAUAGAUAAAGCCUACUUAUUUUCAUCAUUUUAAAUGCACUUUAUGACAGAUCUGUAUCAAACUUAAUCUGUAAAUUUUUCUUGCUUCUUAUAUUUUUCUUUUUGUCAGGGCAAGAUUCUAUGCAGCAGAAAUAGCAUCUGCAAUUGGAUAUCUUCAUUCUCUUCAAAUAAUUUACAGGUUUGAUGGAGCUAUGUGGUAUAUAAAUGAAGCAGUGGAACUUUCUCAAAGUCUUGUUUCUUUAUGGAAAAAAUAUUUAAUAACUCUAUAUUUUUGUAUCCAGUUCAUUGACACAUUUUUGAAAUGGAUAGUCUUCAAAUUACAUACUAAAUUGCAAUUAAAUAUUAUAAACUACUUAGUGGGUUUCAACAUUUUUGCUUUGUAUUACCGUACUAAGUGAGGUUUGUGAUUGUUCACAUAGAAUGUAGACCUGGGGAGAGUAUUACAGGUCUUUGCCCUUUUAUUAAAAAGAACUGUGAAAUGUAUUAGUUUUAGCAAGGGGUCAUGGUAGCUGGUGCUUAUUUUGAUUGUUAAAAUGUUAUGCAUCAGAGGUGUGUUUUAAGUCAAUGGUUAAGGUGGUGUGAGGCUUUUAAUGUGUGUUGGCAAAUUCUUUGAUAUAAGUGUUUUGUACUUAGCUGAAUGUACUUUCUUUUCUCUGAUAGAGAUUUGAAGCCUGAAAACAUUCUUCUAGAUCAUAAAGUAAGUGAUCUAUGUGUGCUGUUCAAUGUUGUGGGAAUAACACUGGUAUAAGGCACUGAAAUUAGCAAAAAAAGAUUCUUUUUACAUUCGGUUUUAAGUCUAUCAUUGGGCCUGUCGGCAGAUUUCUCUGUCCUCUUAUGAAAGUUAAGGUGACUUUUCCUCUGAUUGUAAAGAUGGUUUGUGGGUUCCAUUUAUAAAGCCAAAGUGAUUAUUAACCAAUUGUUUUAAAUCCUGAAAAAUCAUUUUGUUAAGAGACAGAGGCAUUGAUUCUCAGUGCAUGAAUUUAUUGAAGUGAGGGUGUAUUAAGUUUCCAAUAUCAUAUCAUAAUCCUUUCUGUAGGGGCAUGUAGUUUUAACAGACUUUGGACUUUGCAAGGAAGGCAUAGAACCUUCUGGUACAACAUCAACGUUCUGUGGCACACCAGAGGUAAUUUGCUUGCAAUUGUGGAGGUAGUGAAUUAAAUUUUAAAGUACUUUUAGAGAAUUCAUUCAUUCAUUGCUGUUGCAUCAAUAUGAAUGAUUUGACUGAUUAAUCUCCUACUGAACUGCUGUUUAAAGUCCUGUUAUUCCUGAUAGUAUUUGGAAUAGAAGUUUAUAGCUGUUAAAACAUUACUCCUUUAGUUGUCAUGUCUCAUGCCAAACUAUCCUUACAACAAUAAAAGGGUAAGUUUCUAAAGAAACUGUGGUGCUGCAUUUGUGAAGGAGUAAAACAGAGUAUUUAAAUAUUAUCAACUGAGUUGAUAAUGUAAAUUGGCUAUGGCUGAUGUUUUGAGCAUUAGCCCUUUGUCAGAGCGAAUGAUGAAGGGCUAAUGCUCUAAACACCAGCUUUAAAACUCUUUAUGGUGGCCAAUUUAUGUUAUCAACUCAGUUGAUAGUACUUAAUUACCCUGUUAUCCCUACAACAGCUGAUGUUUUAAAACUGCACAAAGCUCUAGUCUACAAUUCUCCCUUUCAAGAUGGCAGACAGAGCCUCCGUUGUUCAAUUGCUUUUAAACAGGCUUAAUACCUUACAUAACAUGUUGAAAUGUGUAGUCUAUGAAAAGCACAGGGCUCAAAGCAGGAUUUUUCAGCACUAGGAUCCCACACUAUCUUUUCACAGUAAACUGAUAGAAAGCCAAUUGUCUGAUAUUUUUGGCAAAAUAAGGGGUCACAUACACCUUUAUUAGAUUCAUCCUGGCCACAACCUGGCCACAUGGAAAUGUUUUUGUGUUGUUGAAAGUUUGGACCAACUGCUUCAAAACAAUGUUUACAUAUUUUUCACUAUUAGUUUGAUAAGUCAAGUGACAUUUGUCUGUUUGUCAUUGUACAGUACUUAGCACCAGAAGUUCUUCGAAAACAGGAGUACGACAAAACUGUUGAUUGGUGGUGCCUUGGUGCAGUGUUAUAUGAAAUGAUGUAUGGUUUGGUAUGGAAACUUUUUUUUUUGUUUGUUACCUUUUGAAACUGAUUCAAGUUUAGUGCAUGAUUGACGUUUUUUCAAUUAUCUUCAAUUAUUUUCAAUUGGUUUCAAAACUCGUAGUCAAAGUGACAUUCUAAGACAAAACUAUAUGUUGAAAGCUUCUGGUGGUGUAUAAGUUAAUUGGUUGUGGACUUUAUUUUUUCCUCUCAGCCACCAUUUUAUAGUCGAGAUACAGCAGAAAUGUAUGACAACAUUCUUCACAAGCCUCUUCGACUCAGAACAAAUAUAUCGGCCAGUGCAAGAAAUGUUCUUGAAAAAGUAAGUUGUUUUUGUAGUGAGAGAAAUUCCAGUUGAAUGUUUAAAGUUAUUGUGGAUAACUUCUUGUUAGCUUUGAUUUGCUGUGCCAUGGUAAAGGUAUGGGAAACUUGAACCACACUCUCAACCAAUAAGAUGCAAAACUUAAACCAGUGGUGUCUUAAUUGCUAGUUCUCUUUGGCUCUGCAUGAAAUUUUCCUUAGUUCUGAUUAGCCAUUUUGAUUGUCUAGAUCUUAGCUUUGUUUUUUUUCAUUAAAAGCACUCUUUUUCUCUUUUUCUUUAGAAAAGAUUGAUGUUUUGUUGAAAUGAAAUAAUAAAUUGAAGUAUUGUAAUUAUUUGUUGACAGCUACUUCAGAAAGAUCGUUCAAAACGACUGGGUGUUGGAGAGAAUGACUUUGUAAGUCAGUGCAACUUGUAAUGCCUGUUUAGUGUGAUUAUGAAUAUCAAUAAAUAAAUAAUAGAUAAUUCAGUAGAACUCUCAAACCAAGGAGUAAGGGUUGACCAUGUCUUUUGUUGAUGACUGCUGUUCACAAUUCAGGUUUCCACAGGAUUCAAACCCAUUCAUUCCAGUUAGUAAUUGAGCACUACUAUCAACCAAGCUAUGAAGCCACACAUUGGAAGCAAGGCAAAUUUUUGAAACUUCAUCUUUCCCCCCAAGGAAUCUGAUUGUAAUUUUUUAAUGGAAUAAAGUUAGUUUGACCUGCAGUUGAAAUUCAGGUGGAAUGCAAUUUGAGCAAUUGCAUAAAAGAAGCAUGUAAAAAUGUGGUCUGCAACUGUUGUGUUGAGAAGGGUAAAAUUUGAGGAAGGGCUUGAUUUUCAGUGAAAUGUUGUGGGUCUGUUUAAACUGAUGUAGCUAGUGUCAAUUUCAGUUGUGGAGGUGAUAGUAAAAGUGGGCACCAAGAAAAGGUGGGGUUAUUCAAAGAAAAAAACAUUAAGAAAAGACAGUCUAAUUUUGCAAGGUCUGUGAGUGUAAUUUGUUACUUUUGUAUGUUCAUUGAAGGAAGAAGUCAAGAAUCAUCCAUUUUUUCAAAGUAUUGACUGGCAAUUGCUGUAUGAUAAAAAAAUUGAACCACCAUAUAACCCUAAUGUGGUAAGUUAAGUCAGUUUUACUGAACAUUUUUAUAAUCUUAGACUCCACAAUUAAACAUUACAGAGAUGCACAAUUGUAAACACUAAAUUUUCAGUACAUACUUUGGUGCAAUGAGGAUUGAUUUAUCUUAAAGUUAAGUCUUUCACUUUUCUUAACACUUUGGUUGGUGAAGAAUCUAUUUGAUGUUACUGGAACUUUUUGUCCCCAUCUUAUAAAUUUACCAAAUGUUAAAUACUAAUAUGUUGUACAUGUUACUGUUCUCAUUUUUCACUGUUCUGACUCUUAUUUACAGACAGGUCAACUUGACUUGAGACAUUUUGAUCCUGAGUUUGUUCGAGAACCUGUACCAGGUGUGUGACACAUCACUUGAUUUGAAAUUAUUCUGUCCAUCAUUUCCAUCUGUGUGAUGAGCAGCCUUUUUUUUCUUCCUUUUCCUCUAAUACAAUGUGCUUUCAUAUCCAAAAACUGUAAGUAGCGUGAAGUGAUUAUGCGAAAAGAUGGUUGAAAUUAAGCAGCCACACUUCUAGGGGAUGGCACUGUGUCUGCUGUGUUCAGGUCAAAUUACAAUUUGGAGCGUAAGACACUCCUAUGUAGACAGGUGAUGAGGCCUCAGACAAUGGAAAGACUAUUGUUACAUCCUUAAGUAUAUUACGGAAACUAUUAGUAUACAUGUAUUAGUAUACAUGUAUUAUCAGCUAUACUCAUUUCUGAAAAAAUUAUGUUAUACACAUUGUAUAUAUUAUACUACUUUGAGUUUAGGAAAGGCUACUAUAAUGAGAAAGCUAUUUUUUUUUUAUAACCUGAAAAUAGCAAUUUAUAACAAGCAAAUUACCCGUGGCCUAUUUUUGGACGUCUCAAACGCAUUUGAAACAAUCAAUGGCUUAAUAUGAAUGAUCACGUGAUCAUGACUAACUUUUAAAACAUUUAAGCUACUGUGGUCACUGCACAGUAUUAAAUAUUUCUUGAUGUUUUGAUUUUUAUUCAAACAAAAUUGACUGUACCUUUGCUUGGCGUUACUUCUCGUGUUUAGUUCACUUUAAUCUUACCAAACUUCUCAUCCUUAUGAGAUUCCAAUAACCUACAAGUUGGCGCUGUGAACUGAAAGGCCUGGGUUCGAGCCCUGACUGGGUUUUUGUGUUGUGUUGGCCAAUAGACACAGAAACUCUGGCAGUGUCUAUUUUUCCCAGUAUUUCAUAAAGUACCUGUGAUUUGUCAGGGAAACUUGGUGGGAUAGGGGUGAGUUGUUAUAGACUAGCGUCCCAUUUAGAGCGUCAUGGUUAUGGUCAGUCAUAAAACUUAACCUGGUUUGUUUCACUCACAACAGGGUCUGUCGGUAAAUCAGCUGAUUCGGCAUUUUUAAGCGCGAGUGUGGAUGAUCCAGACGAUGCAUUUGUUGGUUUCACGUACGUUGCUCCAAUGGAAGAAGUACUUCAUGAAUGAGUCGCAUAGUCUUAUCGUAAAAGUAAUUUGCGGUUCUCAAGAUAAGAUUUGCCCUUUUCAGCAACGAAGUACACCCUAGUAAAAAAAAAAAAAAACCUCAAACAGUAUGCUUUAAUAUAAAUGUAUUAAUCUAAGUUAUCGGAUAAGAGAGCGGACAUUCCCUCUAUAAAGCCAAAGCACUUUUCUAAUGACUAUUGUCAAAAAUAGCUGAAAACUGGAAAAAGCUGGGUAACUUUUCCCAGGCAACAAGAGCCAUUGUCUUGAAGUGCGCCUGUUUUGCUUAUGCUGUUAUUUAAAAAUUCAUCAGCAUCAUUUCUAUCUUUGAUUAGCCAUCUAAUUAUUAUAUCAGUUAAUGUCAAACUUCAAGAACAUCGAUGACAAGGUAAGGAAUGUAAAGAAGACAAGUUACCUCGAGUGAACUCGACUCACACCUGAUCUUGUGCCAAAAUUGACACUUUCACACGCUUUUCACAUUGGUCCCAUGAAUUAACUGUGUCUGGUUAAUCUACGUCGAUUGAGUUGCAUACUUUAU